GGGGGGUCAAGCUUUUCUCCUUUUCCAACAGCAAUGGAAGGGUCUCAAGAAAUUACGCUCGACUCUUUGGGGCGCUUCGGGGUUUCGAUCCCAGAAAACGUUUCGUCGUUUAACGACUUAACUCCGACGACGCUGAUUUCCAUCUGUUGCCAAUCACUUAACCUCCUCGGAAACAUCAAAGACGAAUAUGGAAACGACAUGUCGUUUCCCAGUUCAGUUGAAGAUUCUGUCUCAAUGGAUGACAAGUUCGGGAUCUGUUCGGACAUCUCAUUGGCUUUUAAGAAUCUGGGUUAUGUUGGUGACAUUAACUAUUCCAAGUUCUUGUAUCCAUCAGAGGAGGACUCGUAUAUGUUGGUAAGGUUUUUGGUGGAGAGGUUUUCGGGUUCAUCUGAAGCUGUCAAGUUUUCUGCCAAAGGGAAUGUUGGUAUGAGACAGAAUAACUUUGAGAAAAUUUCAGAGUACUUUGCUCAGGAGCCCAAUAAUGAAGAAGUAGAUCUAAAUCUUCAAAAAGUUGAAGCCAUCUUGAAAGAUCUUAGAGUAGAUGAAUUGUUGGAAUCAUCCAGCCUCAAGACAGAUGAUGCACCUGUAGCUGUCAAUGACCCCCUUAGGGUGCAUGAUAUGCCACAGACUGAGUUAUUUAGUGAGUCAACUGCAGAAGUUGUGGAAUCAAGAAGUGGUGCAUCUGAAAAUGAAGAAACUGCAGAUCAGAAAGACGAUGAACAUGUUUCAACUUCUCACAAAGAGUCCAAGAUACAAUAUGAAGCAGAAAACUUGCUAUCUCAAGAAAAGGUGCUGAAGGAGGAACUAGGUGCAAGUGCUUUACAAGUGCAGCAUCUUGAGGAAGAAUUUGGAUUGUGGAAGGCAGCCGCAGAUAUGGCAUUUGAUGAAAGCCAUCCUAUGGAGUUUUUCCUGGAGCAGCUUAACAAGCAAGUUGAUGCCAAAAAGCAUAAUAUUGGGGAAUUGGAGUCCCAGUGGGAUACUUUCCGGAACCCUCUUGAACAGAAAAAGAGAAGUUUGGAGGAAUGUCUAUACGCAAACAAUCCAGGGGCUCAAGAGAAACUCCAAAAGUUGAGAGACAUUGAGCUGGAUAUGCAGUUUACCUUAUCUGAAAUUAGGAAAAGGGAGGAGGAACACUUAGAACUUUCAGCAGACCUCAGGAAGCAGCCCAAAGUGGCAUCUAGGAGAUCCUAUACUGAGAGGAUAAAGGAGAUCACAAAGAACAGUGGCAAACUAGACACUGACAUAGAACGCAUCUUAAGAGAAACUAGGGAGCUUCAGUUAGAAAGCAAUUCCCUUCAGGAACGCCUUCAUCGCACCUAUGCCGUUGUCGAUGAAAUUGUCUUCAGGGAAGCAAAGAAAAACCCUGUUGGGCGACAGGCUUAUAGGCUGCUCACUAGCAUACAUGAAAGCUUUGAGCAAAUCUCUGAGAAAAUUCUCUCCACUGAUAGAAUUCGAAGAGAAAUGGCUGACCAUGAAAAGAAACUAGCAGCCAUGGCUUCCCGAAGCUAAAAUGUAGACAAGGUACAAGCUGAUCUUGAUGCCAUUGUGAAGGAAAAUGAGUACCUGGGGCAGUAACUUUAUGACAAUUGAACCUAUUUCUCGACACUAGAAUCCAUUCUUUUUACUGAAGGUGUAUAUUGUCUUUACUUGGUUGUAACUAUACUUGAGUUUUGGAAUUCAGACACAGAAAGUUGUAAUCAUCAUAAAAUUUGAACAACAAAAUUGCAACUGUGGCCAUUAUUGUACCCUUUGUUUGUCUUCUUUAGUUUUGUACUAAAUUCUAAUAUAUUUGUUAAACAAAUUGGAAUCGAAAAACAGUGAGGCCACCGGCCUGGUUGAAACUGUAUCA